AUGAACGAUAUUCAAAACAUUGAAAUGGUUAAUAAAAAAUGUAGGACUGCAAUUAAUUCAUUGAAAGUUAAUCCUUGGUUUACAUCAGAAAGAGAUGUCAAUAAGUUUUGUAAAAUAUUUAAUCCACAAACAUGUAAUUGUAAUUUACUUGAUAUUGACGCAUCAACACUAAUGAAAGCUGAAAAUCUUAGAAACUAUAAUUUAUGUCAUUUGGAUGCUUUAAUAAAAAGACAUACUAAAAACAUUCAGCCUGGUCAAGAACAAGCACAAAUAAACAAAAUAAUAAAGUUUAUAGCUACUGGUAUUCAAAAAAUGGAAUCUUUAACAUGUGUUUCUUUUCUUCCAGAACAACUAAUAGAAGUUGUUAUUCAAAAUAUGAAGAAAGGAAUUAAAAUAAGAUGUGACGAGAUGUUUGCAGAGCGAUUUGAUGAAAUGUUUGAUAAAAUGAAAAUGGAUGAGUCAAUGUAUCCAAGUGAAAUGAUAAUUCAAGGAAAUGUAACUAGAAAUUGGAUUAAAAAUGGGAAGAAGAAAAAUGUCAUUAUUAUUUUUGAGUUUUCACUACUUGAUAACGUACUUAUGGAUAUACCAAAAUGGGUUAAAGUAUAUUCGUCAGAAAUUGUUAUUUCCAAAUCAAAUGACAAAAGAGAUGUUAUACCUUUUAGUUCACCAAUUGAUUCAUUGUUUUCAAAUGUGGUAUUACCAAAAUUAGAAGAAUCAGACAAUACUAUGCCUGGUGUUAAAGUAACUAAAAACGAUAUCAUGGAAGAAGAAAGUAGAGAAAAGGUCUAUAAGAUUCUCAAUGACUUAUACUCUAAUGCUAUUACGUUUUAUUUUACACCAACAGAAUUAGUGGAACAAAACCAAAAACGUCUUAUACCAAUUGAAAUACCACAGUUACCAGAAUUUGUAAAACAUUUUUCCAUAAAAGCAAUAUAUUCAAAGUUCAUAAUUAAUAAUAAACAAUUAGAGUAUUUAGAAGUAGAUGGACAACAGUCUUCUGUUGAACUUCAAUCAACAAGUAAUUUGAAGUCUUUGAAACUUAGUCUAAUUAAUGAAAUAAAAAUAAAAGAACCGAAUGAACAACAAGCAAUGUCAAAUAAUAAAAGAAGAUAUUGGAAAGAAAUAAAAGAAAUUGAAAAUACAUUCCCAAAUCUUGAAGAACUUAAACUAGAACGAUGUUUUAAUUUGGAUAUAAAUAUACCAUCAAAGAAGUUAAAAAGUAUUGAAAUGAUUGACUCUAGAGAAUGUAAAAUUAAUGUUAAAUCAGAUUGUAUUGAAACAUUGAAAUUACUAAGAAACAACCAAACACAAAUCAAAUUAUCAACAAAUAAAUCAACUGAUAUUAAUAUUAAAAUUUGUUCUAUGAUUAAGUUAGAGAUAGAAUCGCAGAAUAAGCAAAACAUUGAAAUAAUAGAAGGAAAUCAAAUUAGUGUAGAGUCAAAAUGUCCAAUUAAUAAAUUAUUAAUAGCACAAUCUAAACAAGUGAAUAUUACAGGAGAUGAAAGAUGUAAUACACUGAAAGUAGUUGAUUCUACAAUCAAGGAAAUUGAUAUUAAACCAAAAAGGGUUGUAUUUAAAUUAGUUGAAGAAUACAUUAAAGUACCACUGAAAGACGCAGAAGAGAUAUAUAUUGUGUCAAUGAAAGAUUAUAUCUUUGAAGAGUUAUUUGAUAAAUGUAAGAAAUUAUGUAUUGAUGAAUGUGAAAAUUGUCAAUUCAUAAUCAACAAGAAUCAAAUUAACGAAAUGAAAAUAACAAACUGUAAAAAUACCGAAAUUAAAGGAGAGUUAGAUAAUAUUGAAGAAAUCAUCACAAUAGAUAAUGAAGAAUGUAAUAUUCCAGAAACAAAGAAUAUUAUAAAAGAAGAUACAGAAAUAAUAGAAAUAAAUAAUACAAAAAAAGAUAUAGAAAUAGAAACAGAUAAGAAACAUAUUAUAAUAAGAAAUAUUCAUGACAGUAAUAUUAAAAUUAAAAGUGAUAUUAAUAGUGAUGUUACAAUAGAAAAUGGUGAAGAAAUUAUGUUUUAUGGAGAGUUUGAACAUUAUGGAAAUGUUCAAUUCAUUAAUUGUCAGAACAGUGCUAACAUAUUGAAUGUUGGAUUUGUUAAAUCAUUAUUAAUUACCAACUGUGAAAGUAUUGAUUUUAGUGUCAAUAGAAUUAAAGGGUUAUUAGAAGUUGUUGACAGUUAUGUAGGUAUUGGGGUAUCAACACUGGACAAUAGUGUAAACAUUGACACAGUACAUAUUAAAAAUUCUGAAUUACUUCAAUGCAUUUAUAUAAUUUGUAAAAAACUAAUAAUAAAUAAUAGUGCUGGAAUUAUAGAACCAGCUAUUUCACAAUGUCAAGAAGAACUUACAUUGAAAAGUAUAAAAAAUAAAAAGUUUAGAUUAACUGAACAAUUGAAGAAAAUUGAAAUGGAAAAAUGUAGUAAACUCAAUAUUGAGAGUGACGUUAAAGGAAAAGAAGUUAAAAUGGUCAAAUGUCAUCAGAUGAAGAUAGUUGAUACUUCAAAUUCAAUCAACCAAAUUGAGUGUAAUAAUGUUGAAGUAAUAACAGAGCAACAAAAUGAAAUGAUGGGAGGAUUUAGAAUGAUGAGAGGAUUUGGAGGAGGUAAUAUGCCAAUGGAAAGACCUCUUUGAGGAGACCUAAACUUUGCAUAAGGUUAGUUGGUUAAUUAAAAAUAAUUAACAAGAAUAACUUGAUAAGUUUUUGAUG